AUGAUGUUCGAUCCUUACUUGGAUCAGUUUGUUGUGGUGUUCAUAUAUGAUAGUUUGGUGUAUUCUGAAUCAGAUGAAGAGCAUGUGGGACAUCUGCGAGUUAUGUUACAGGUUUUACGGGAGAAGAAGUUGUAUGCCAAGUUGUCCAAGUGCAAGUUGUGGUUACAUGAAGUGAGUUUUCUUGGCCAUGUGAUCUCCAGUGGUGGUAUAGUAGUUGAUUCAUUCAAGGUAGACACGGUGCUGCAGUGGGUGGCUCCUAAGUUAGUUAUAGAGAUAAAAAGUUUUCUGGGUUUGGCUGGUUACUAUAGAAUAUUUAUCGAAGGCUUUUUGAAGUUAGCAUUUCCUUUGACUCAGUUGACUCGAAAGGGACAAGCUUAUGUGUGGGAUGUCCAACGUGAGAAGAGUUUCAAGAGCUGGAGAAGAGCUUAA